CUUAAAUAAAAUCACGCACAUUUUAAUACUAGGAUAAUGUAUGAAUAUAAGUGGUUAAACGGAUGUGUGUUUUUUAAACCUAUGUUAAGCAUUUGGUUUAGUUGUCAACACUAGUUAAACAGCUAAAAGACAAAUGAAAUAGGUGAAUAUGGCAAUCUUACAACUUAGUUUAGCAGUUCUCGUCAUAGCAUUGACGUACCAUUAUAUGACUAAAAGCCCUCCACGUAUCGUUCUUGAUAGAUAUCCUGAUGACGUUUAUGAUUAUGUCAUAGUUGGAGGUGGUUCAGCUGGAUCCGUUCUUGCAUCGCGACUAUCCGAAGAAAAGGACUUCAAAGUUUUACUUCUAGAAGCCGGAAGUCAUUAUGAUGUAAACAAAGGACUUCAUAUUCCAUUAAUGCAAAUGUCAGCAUUCAACACUUCAAAUGAUUGGGAAUAUUAUACAGAGCCGAGUCAGGACUCUUGCUAUGGACAAAAGAAAAACAGAUGUUACUGGCCACGCGGGCGCGUCCUCGGUGGGACAAGCAUUCUAAAUGGAGCAAUUUACACUCGCGGAAGUCGUUUUGACUUUGAAGAAUGGUUUAGAAGUGGUUGUUAUGGGUGGAGUUACGAAGAUGUUUUCCCAUAUUUUCUGAAAUCCGAAGAUAUUCAAAUAGACGAUUUGAAGUCUUCACCUUAUCAUAGUAAGGGUGGACCGAUAGCGGUAUCUGAAAGCUAUGUCACUCAGUUAUCAGAUAAGUAUUUAAAGGCAGGAGAAGAGUUAGGGUACCCUGUUCAAGAUUACAACGGCAAGAAUUUAGAAGGCUUUAGUGUUAUACAGAAGACAAUAAGAAAUGGAGUCCGCAGUAGUACCAGCUUGGAAUACCUUGGAGGUACAGCAUCAAGAGAAAACUUACAUAUAUCUGUUAACAGUCAUGUUACAAAGGUAAACAUAGUAGAUAAAAAGGCUGUUGGUGUUUAUUACAUUCGAGAUGGGAGAAAAAUGUAUGUUAAAGUAAGGAAAGAGGUUAUACUAUCUGGCGGUGCAGUUAAUUCUCCUCAGUUGCUAAUGUUAUCAGGAAUAGGACCAAAGCAUCAUCUGAAUGAAUUUGGUAUAAAAGUUAUUUCGGAUUUACCAGUCGGCGAAAAUCUUCAGGACCAUACAAUGAUUCUAUUGAAAAGUAAUAUAAAUAAACCUUACAGUUUAACCCCUGGAAUUAUAAAAAGCUGGAGGUCAAUAGUUAACUACUUCAUGUUUGGUGACGGGCCUCUAGCUUUUACUCUUCUUGAUAGUACAGCGUUUCUUCACUUUGAUAAAGAAAAAAGCGGGAAAACUUAUCCUGAUAUGCAAUUAACAUUUGUAAGUGGUUUAUUAAGAUCCAAUGCUUUUAAUUUUAAUGAUGAGGUCGCACGCAGUAUCAUAAAUAAAAUGGACAAUGAUUUGCACGGAUUUAUCACGUCUAUUACUUUAUCACGUCCUUUAAGUAGAGGACGGAUAAAAUUGAAAAGUUCAGAUCCAUUCGAUCAUCCAAGGAUAGAACCUAAUUAUAACUCGGAUAAGAGGGAUAUUAAAGCAUAUGUUAAAGCAAUUCGGAUUUGGGAGAAACUUAUGGAAACUAAUACAUUCAAAGAUCUAGGAGUAAAAAUAAGUGACGCAAAAAUGCCAUUUUGUGAAAGAUUCAAGUUCCGCUCAGACGAAUUCUGGGAAUGUGUAGUAAGAAAAGUGCUGCAAACUGUGUUUCAUCCAACGGGUACUUGUAAAAUGGGUUCUGCAAACAACCCAACCGCUGUUGUGGAUCCGCAACUUAGGGUCAAGGGUAUCCAAGGCCUCAGAGUCGUUGAUGCGUCAAUCUUUCCUAACAUCACAUCCGGUAAUACAAAUGGUCCGACCAUAAUGGUGGCUGAGAAAGCGGCCGAUAUGAUCCGUGGAAUAGACUCGGUGAAACAAUUCAGACAAAAUGUACCUGUUUAGAACAUGAAUCGUUAUUUCAUUUUAUUUAUUUCAUUUGUUCUCAGUAACAUAAGCCUAAAGCAAUAUUUCCAGUCGUCAUAAAAUGAGGAUAAUAAUGAUUCAGAGGUUAAUGAUGUUUAUAAUUGUCAAAAAGUAUAGGCUGAAGCAUACCUCAUUAUUUGAUUAAAAAUAUAAUAUGCUGUUUAUUUUGAAAUUCAUAAAUAUCCACAGAUUGGUUCAAUAGCCAUUCAUUACUGGUCUAUAUCUAUGUUAUUUUGUUAAUUUACUUGCAUUUUAAUCAUACUAAUUUUAAAACUUAUUUUGUAAACUUUAGCAUGCUUACUAAUACAGUUACUUUAUGAACAUUACUCAAUCGUUUAUACCUCAUUCCGUUAUAAAAUCGGAAAGCAUUUACUGAUAUGAUUUAUUUAGUAUUUAUUUCAUUUUUAAUUCACUUAUGUCAGUGUAAUCAAUAUUAUGUGUUAACUUAUCAAAUGUCAUUGAGAAUACUAUCUUCCUCCAUAUAUUUAGUGUUUCCUGUUUCAUAAGAGGUGUAAUGUUAUGUUCGGUUACUCAAAUAUGAGUCUUGCCAUGUGAAUAUGUAUUUGUUUCUAUCUCUUCAUUUAUUAUGAUUGUACAUGUAUAUGGCAGCGAUAAGAUAAGUCCAAGUUUGAUAAAAGAAAUGAUGACAUUGUUAUAGGUUAUAGAAUAUAUAAAAUAUGUUGUAGUUAUGCUUUGUUGUCUAUUGAAACGGUACUUAAAGAUUUUGUCUGAAGAAAAUAGUACUUAAUAAAAGAGAAAAACAUAAUCAAUAAAGAACGUUCAAAACGAAAACAUUGAAAGUGUUGCAGUCUCGGUUUGAUAGAGCAUGUUCAUUGACGAUACUGGUAAUUGCAAGCUACCGUCCACACAUCUACCACCGGCUCGAGCAGAAUUCGACAUUAACACAUGAAAAGGGUGAAAUUAUGAAUUAAGAAACGUACACAGAUAUGUUAUUACGGUGAUUAAUAUGAAACCUGUAAUUUCUAUAAACAUUAUAAUCUUUAAGUAUUAACAAUGCUUGAUAAACAUUCCAAAUUGCAUACUUCACAACAGGCCUAAUGCCACUUCAAUGUUGUUAUAUUUUUAUAGUCCUUCGGGAUAAUUGUUUCAAACACUCUAUAUGUCGAAGAGUUGAUGUCAUCGGAGGUGUGGAUGAUGAUGCACUUCCCCAUAAUCCCUAAUGAACGGCAAAUCUAGGAGUUCAUUUCCUUAUCUUUUUGAAUAGUAAAUGUCUUCAGUACUAACCCUGUACUUUAUUCCAUCACUUACAAUUGGCUCCUCCUCAUGGUAUAUUUACAUUCAGCAAAAAAAGGACAAUGCCAUUGUUAUAGACAUACUUUCUAUUGAUUUUGGAUACUUUCAUGUAAUUUUGGACUCGUUUCCCAAUUUCAUAAAAUGCUUAGAGCGUGAUUAAAAUGGCAGCUUCGAAGACAUCCGUUAAAUUGGUUAAAUUGAUUGUUUGUGUUAGAAAUAUAUCAAUAUAUAAGGAUGGUAUGUGAUAAGUCAAAUGAGUUUUAGAUUUUCAAAAGAUUCAAUAGCAAUUUCCAGACACCAGCUUGUGAUGUUGUUUGUGUGUCGAUGGUAGAAGCUUGACUUGUUCUUGUUGACGUCGGCGAAGUCGAGGCAGUUAAUGAAUGUUGUGUCGAGCAUUUCCUUGUUGAUUAACAUUGCCAGAGCUUCGUCUCUGAAAACCAUUGUUAUAUAUGACAUUAUAAAUGAUAUAUAUAAUAGCAUGACAAAUACGGAAAAAUUAGUACUAGUAUUUCUUAUCACCCCCCCCCCCCCCCCCACACACACACAAAAACAACUACAAAAAACAAAACAAAAACACCAGAAUAAAAAAAUGAGAUUUCUUGUUAAACAAUAUAUUUUAAGGAGAAAUUUGCUGUAUAAUAGGUAUGCCAAUAGUAAAACAUGAUGAUAUAUUGACUGUCCAUUUUUCUAAAAUGUGAUACUACAAUUAACAGAUCGAGCAGCAACUAUUAUCUGAUUUAAAU